AUGUCUUACGGCAGAUCCGACAAUAACCAAGAGUACGGCGGCGGCGGCUCCUACGGCGAUAACUACUACGACCAAAACGCCAACUUCGAGGAGCAGCAAGGCCAAGGCCGAGGCCACGGCCAGGGCGGACACCACCAACGCCGCGACAGCGGUGAACAGUCCUACGGCCGCCAAAGCGAAAGUUACGGCCAGCAGGGCGAAGGCUACGGCCAGGGUGGACACCAACAACACCAACGUCGCGGCAGCGGCGAACAAUCCUACGGCCGCCAAGGAGACAGCUACGGCCAGCAGGGCGAAAGCUACGGCCAGCAAGGAGAAGGCUACGGCCAGGGUGGACGCCAACACCAACGCCGUGACAGUGGUGAACAAUCCUACGGCCGCCAAAGCGAAAGCUACGGCCAGGGUGGACACCAACAACACCAACGUCGUGGCAGCGGCGAACAAUCCUACAACGACACACAAUACAAAGGACGGGAGCAGUACAGUGGCGGCGACGAUUUCUCCUCCGCUGCCCACCACGCUAACGAGCACCAUGGCGAUAACUCGCACGGUGCCAUGUACGAUAAUGCGUUGUCUCACCUGAAUCAGAGCAAGGCCAGUGGACAGUUCUCUUCUGAUAACGAGGUUGAUGAGGAGCAUGCUAUCCGGUCUCACCAGGCUAUGUAUGGUGGUGGAAGUGCUGAGGGUGAGAGCCAUGAUUCUUCGACUGUUGGAGCUGGUGCGGCUAUGCAGGCUUUGAAGAUGUUCAGUGGUGGCGGUUCUAGUGACGGGGGCUUUGAUAAGAAUAAGUUGAUUGGCAUGGCUAUGUCUCAGGCUAGUCAGUUGUGGGAUCAGAAGUCUUCUGGUGGAGCUAGCAUGGGUGGUGACAAGCAGUCUGCUAUUAACAAUGCUGCUGAAAUGGCUAUGAAGUUCUACAUGAAGAGCCAGGGUGGUGGUGUUGGUGGUACUGGUGGUGCUAGUGGUCUUCUUAGCUUGGCUGAGAAGUUCUUCUAA